AUGGCAGCUCCACCCCAACAAGGUCUAAAUGAGUUCACAUUCAUGUCAGAGUGGCUCUCCAAAGAAGACGCAGACAAGUACAUGUCUAGAUGCAUGACCGAAAUACCAUGGGCACCAAAGAAGUGGAACAUUAUCUACACUCUGCCCCAGCUGGCUCAUUACUAUGAUACUUCAAAGCGUAAGAAAGCCCCUAUCGCCGUCCUGGAAGAAAUAAUCUCAAUGAUAGAGAAGGAGUACCAGACAACAGUUAGUGUCGUUUGGUGUAACCUCUUCCAAGAUGGCAACCAUUACAUUGAUUGGCAUCAGGAUCAAUAUGGGGAGCAUCUUUUUGUCCUCUCAUUUGGAUCAACUCGCCCUGUCGUCUUUCGACACAAGAAGACGAAGGAAUGUAAGGAAUAUUCCUGCCGUCAUGGUGACCUUUAUUAUUUUGCUCCUUCAUGGGACAAGGCUCAUGAGCACUGUAUUCCAAAGGAUGAAAGUAUCACUGAAAAGAGACUCUCUUUUGCUAUAUUCUGCCAACCACCUUUUUCUGGAGGGACAUCUCAUAAAAAAUAA